GGCUGAGGGGAGGCCCGGAGCCUUUCUGGGGCCUGGGGGAUCCUCUUGCACUGGUGGGUGGAGAGAAGUGCCUGCAGCCAACCAGGGUCAGGCUGUGCUCACAGUUUCCUCCGGCAGCAUGUAAAGGCUCCACAAAGGAGUGGGGAGUUCAAAUGAGGCUGCUGCAGACGGCCUGAGGAUGGACCCGGAGCCCUGAGCAGUGGUGCCUGAGCGCCGGACCUGCAGAGCAUGGCACUGAGGCAGACACCGGCCCCUGCUGGGAAAGGAGGCAGGUUGUAAGCAGCCCCAGCAGGACCCCAGGCCAGCCCCCGCCCCACCCCCGGCCCAAGCCCGGCUGUGGAGCACAGCAGAGCAAGCAGAGGCCAGUGAGGCAGGGCUGCUCGGCGGCCAGUCCGGCCUGCGACUCGGGGAUCCCUCCUGGAGGCCAUGGACAGGCUGCCCUGCUGACGGCUGGGGUAAAGCAUGUGAGGAGCUGCCCCGGGGAGUCCAGCAGGAGUGAAGAGGUUUUCCUAGGCUCCGUUCGCCAAGAGGAACCACCAUUUUGCAAGGACCAUGAGGCCGCUGUGCGUGACAUACUGGUGGCUGGGACUGCUGGCUGCCGUGGGAGCGGCUGCAGGCCAGAAGGAAGGCUUUGAGGGUGCUGAGGAGGGCUCGCCCAGCGAGUUCAUUUACCUGAACAGGUACAAGCGGGCCGGCGAGGCUUCGGACAAGUGCACCUACACCUUCAUCGUGCCCCAGCAGCGGGUCACAGGCGCCAUCUGCGUCAACUCCAAGGAGCCCGAGGUGCUCCUGGAGAACCGGGUGCACAAGCAGGAGCUGGAGCUGCUCAACAGCGAGCUGCUCAAGCAGAAGCGGCAGAUCGAGACGCUGCAGCAGCUGGUGGAGGUGGACGGCGGCAUCGUGAGCGAGGUGAAGCUGCUGCGCAAGGAGAGCCGCAACAUGAACUCGCGGGUCACGCAGCUGUACAUGCAGCUCCUGCACGAGAUCAUCCGCAAGCGGGACAACGCGCUGGAGCUCUCCCAGCUGGAGAACCGGAUCCUCAACCAGACGGCCGACAUGCUGCAGCUGGCCAGCAAGUACAAGGACCUGGAGCACAAGUACCAGCACCUGGCCACGCUGGCCCACAACCAGUCCGAGAUCAUCGCGCAGCUCGAGGAGCACUGCCAGCGGGUGCCGGCUGCCAGGCCCGUGCCCCAGCCGCCCCCGGCCACCCCGCCCCGGGUCUACCAGCCGCCCCCCUACAGCCGCAUCAUCAAUCAGAUCUCUACCAACGAGAUCCAGAGUGAUCAGAACCUGAAGGUGCUGCCUCCCCCUCUGCCCACUAUGCCCACCCUCACCAGCCUCCCGUCCUCCACAGACAAGCCAUCGGGCCCAUGGAGAGACUGCCUGCAGGCCCUGGAGGAUGGCCAUGAUACCAGCUCCAUCUACCUGGUGAAGCCAGAGAACACCAACCGCCUCAUGCAGGUGUGGUGUGACCAGAGACACGACCCUGGGGGCUGGACUGUCAUCCAGAGGCGCCUGGACGGCUCUGUCAACUUCUUCAGGAACUGGGAGACCUAUAAGCAAGGGUUUGGGAACAUUGACGGCGAGUACUGGCUGGGCCUGGAGAACAUCUACUGGCUGACGAACCAAGGCAACUACAAACUGCUGGUGACCAUGGAGGACUGGUCUGGCCGCAAAGUCUUUGCAGAGUACGCCAGCUUCCGCCUGGAGCCUGAGAGCGAGUACUAUAAGCUGAGGCUGGGGCGCUACCACGGCAACGCUGGGGACUCCUUCACUUGGCACAACGGCAAGCAGUUCACCACCCUGGACAGAGACCACGAUGUCUACACAGGAAACUGUGCCCACUACCAGAAAGGAGGCUGGUGGUAUAAUGCCUGCGCCCAUUCCAACCUCAAUGGGGUCUGGUACCGCGGGGGCCAUUACCGGAGCCGCUACCAGGACGGAGUCUACUGGGCUGAGUUCAGAGGAGGCUCUUACUCGCUCAAGAAAGUGGUGAUGAUGAUUCGGCCCAACCCCAACACCUUCCACUAAGUCAGCGGGGUCCCCUCCUGACCUCUCGUGGCCGUCGCCAGGAGCCUGCCCCGGCCACGCUGGCCCCAGCACCAGGAGCAACUCCCCAUCAGUUCACCAGGGGGCCGGGAGGAUGGGGCCACUGGAUUCUGUUUUCCCAAGUCACUGCAGCAGAUAAUGGAAUGGAAUCGACACAGUAUUCUCUGUCCCUGUUGCUUUUCUUCCUAUCAGAGAUCCCCUCAGGUUUCCACACAGCACAGGACUACAGACAAAUCCUUCGUCAAGGAAAUUAAAUCCCAAUAACAAAACACGACUGCACAAUACCUUCAUAAUACACGUGUGUGAGCCGACCUUAUGCACGCGUGUGUAUACCACAUAUAUAUGCACUUAGAUAUAUACCACGGGUACUGUAUCUAUAUACAUAUAUAGGUUUGGUUAUAUAUACCUAAAAACACAUACAUUCAAUUCUCAGAUGUUGACAUUGUUACCAACAGCUUUGCUCUUACGAGAAAAGCGUCAUAUUCAUUGUGCUCCUUGAGCCUAAGAGCCAAUCACAGACUGUGUAGCUCCAAUUCAAAGAAUAAUCCUUGGUGUCCACGUGCCAGGAUUCUUUCAGGAGUGUCUACACACUCUUCGCUCACAUGGGGGCUCCCUCCUUCCUCAUUAAAGAACCCCUUUCGGCACCUGAUCAAAUUUCAGAAUCCCCCUCCCUCUCCAUCUCUAGACUUCCCCACAUUCUCAGGACUUUUCCAGCAUCCAUCAUGCAUCUAUCCAUCCAUCCAUCCAUCCAUCCAUCAAUCCAUCCAUCCAUCCACCUGCUCCUCAUCCAACACCAUUCAGGAAGUACCUUCUGUGUGUCAGUCCUUGGCCACUCACUGCGGUUCCAGGCACCUUCUCUGCUCUUCUGUACAGCUUCCUACCCACUCCUUACCUUUUCUGUCAUAUCAUCCUUUCUUUCCAGGCAAGAUUCCUUAGCCUCUGAGUAGAAAACAGUGUGGGCUCCAGGUUUCUGGUCAGGAAAGGGAAGGCCAGGCCCGACAGCUAACUCCUGGCCACAUAGAUAAUGUAUUCGCAGUUUUGUAUGUUCCAGUCACACUUUAGCCUCCAAGUCAUUUUAACCGUCACAGAAAUAAUAACCUACCUUGCCCAGGAGAUAUUCAACUGAAGAGAAGUCAUCACCUGAUCGUUGGGGCCCCCGAAUGGCUACAGACCAAAGGUCCCAUGCUCUCAGGCCGCCUAGAGUCCGCAUCUCGUCCCCAAACGACACUUCUCUGGAGAACAGUUUCCACAAAAAUGACAACUGGCCACUUCUCAUGAGCUCCUGAAUAGCCAGGAGCUAUUCCCUGGACCUCGUGGCUGGUGCGCUGCAGCGUGUGGCUUUCUGAGUCCUGCUGGCCAUGAAGUGUCAGACUCAGUACUGCCGGGACUCUUGCCAAGCAGGGAGCAAGAGAUGACUCAAGAAGGUGAGACUGCCCCGGUGGGCGUGUGAAUGGGGGUGUGCGAGAUGUUGGCACGUUUGGUACUGUCCAUGUCUGGGUGUGUGCCUAUUACCUCAGCGUUCUCACAAAGUGUACCAUGUAGCAUGUUUUGUGUAUAUAAAAGGGAGGGUUUUUUUUAAUAUAUUCCCAGAUUAUCCUUGUAAUGACACAAAUCCGCAAUAAAAGCCAUCCGUGCUAUUUGGAUGUA